CUGGCCUCAGCUAUGGACCGCACACGCGGUCAGGUCGAAGAAGCGGUUCGAUUAGGUAAACCGGAUCUAAUUUUCUUUGAUUUUGCUCACUGGAUUCCGGACAUAGCUAGAGAUUGUGGAGCCAAGAGUGUGAAUUUUGUAACGAUUUCUGCAGCAUGUGUAGCUAUCUCAUUUGUCCCUGGUCGUAGUCCAGAUGAAUUAGCUAUACCUCCUCCGGGGUAUCCUUCGUCCAAGGUGUUGCUUCACGGACAAGAAACCAAUUCCUUGUCAUUUCUGUCCUAUCCAUUUGGUGAUGGAGUGACGUUUUACGAACGGAUCAUGACAGGGCUUGUGAACUGUGAUGUCAUAUCGAUAAGGACUUGCCAGGAAAUGGAAGGAAAAUUCUGCGAUUUUAUCGAAAGGGAAUUUCAAAGAAAAGUUCUCUUGACGGGUCCAAUGCUUCCUGAGCCGGACAAUAUCAAACCACUAGAAGAUCGAUGGCAUCAAUGGCUGAGCCGGUUCGAACCAGGAUCAGUAGUAUACUGUUCGCUUGGCAGCCAAAUCAUUCUUGAGAAGGAAGAAUUUCAAGAACUCUGCUUAGGAAUUGAGCUGACCGGUUUACCAUUUAUUGUAGCGGUAAAGCCACCAAAAGGCGCAUCUACCAUCCAGGAAGCAUUACCAGAAGGGUUCGAAGAUCGGGUUAAGGAGCGUGGAGUGGUUUGGGGAGAAUGGAUGCAGCAGCCACUGAUAUUGGCUCAUCCAUCAAUAGGUUGCUUUGUGA